UUCAUAAACCAUCAUAUAUGCGUUUUAACUCAAUUAGUUCCGACCACGUUUGGGUUCGAGAUCCGAACUGAUGCAUCUAUGCCCCCUGCAUAAUGAUACGAUAGUAAUAUAAGAACAGAUCAAUGUUGUUAUCUUUCCUAAUCUAAUCACAAUCUCUGGAAAGCGGAAAGCCUCCAGAUCAACGGGGAGGACAAGACCGUAAUUUCAACAAGUUACAGUUCCCGUCGCCCUCUAUCUCCUCGCCCCGAAUAAUGGCACAGUAUCUCUUCCAACGGAGUUGCCUCUGCUUCUUCUCCUUCACUCACAUUCGCAUCUCUUCCUCCCUUCGAACAUUUCCUCUUCGCACAUCCUCGUAGUCCCCGAAGACAGUUUCCCCUGCAGGCGCUUCUGUUGGCAUUCCACAGGAAUAGAUCCUUUCUGCACAUUAUGCAUUUCUAGCUCUGACGUCCGAUGGAGCCGAUUGCCCUGCUGCCGGAGAGCUUCAGGAAGAGGAGAGUGGGGUCCCCUUUCUGCUUGGGAGCAGCAGCUUCCCUCAUCUUCCUAGGUGUCUUCCUCCUCAGCGCCUCCUUAAAGCCCCCAAAGGUCUCUCCUUUGCUCCAGAUUCCCUCUGUCGGUGGGUGGCCUUUCCCAUUUUCAACCUCUCCCGCUUCUUCUUCUUCACCCUCUUACUCGAGUGUGGAAAUUCCUCAAGAUGGGAUUUUGAACCAGACCCAGGAGCAGAAUGUGUCUGUCGUUGCGAAGGUGGAAGAGAAUGGCCAACACUUGGAAGCCAAGCGUGAAGAGGUUGUCUCCGAGAAGAAGGCCCCAUUGCAGGACCCUGCUGAGUUCUCAAGCAAUGGGAGUAAAAUCUUUAGUCUUCCCAGUAAAUCCCAUGAAGGAAAUGAUUCUCGGGGGGAAAAUAUGCAAAGCAAAGUUAGUUUCAGUGUGAGGGACAAUGGAAAUGGCUCUCUGGGUGACUCUUCAAUUAUUAGGGAUAACUCCUCAGCUCGGUUCGGAGGCGGCGAAGAGAGGCCUAGUCAGCUGGAGCAUAACUCGGACGAGUAUCGAAACCUCGAUGGAUGUGAUAUAUUUGAUGGGAGGUGGGCGAGGGAUGACUCGAAGCCUUACUACCCAGCAGGGUCUUGCCCAUACAUUGAUAGGGAUUUCAAUUGCCACCUCAAUGGUAGGCCUGACGCCGAAUUCGUCAAGUGGAGGUGGAAGCCUAAUAAGUGCGACAUCCCAAGCUUGAACUCGACUGAUUUUCUCGAGAGACUACGAGGAAAAAAGCUUGUUUUUGUGGGCGACUCGUUAAACAGAAACAUGUGGGAGUCUCUUGUUUGCAUCCUCCGUCACAGUAUCAGAAGCAAGAAGAGAGUCUUCGAGAUAUCAGGCAGGAAAGAGUUCAAGAAGAAAGGUUUCUAUGCCUUCAGGUUUGAGGAUUACAAUUGUUCCGUGGACUUUGUUAGUGCUCCAUUUAUCGUUAGAGAAUCAUCUUUCAAAGGCAUCAACGGGUCAAUUGAGACAUUGAGGUUGGAUUUGAUGGACCGCACAACCUCCAUGUAUCGCGAUGCUGAUAUCAUAGUCUUCAACACGGGUCAUUGGUGGACCCACGAGAAAACUUCUCGAGGAGAGGACUAUUACCAGGAAGGAAACCAUGUACACCCAAGACUCAAGGUCUUGGAGGCGUACAAGAGGGCUCUUAAUACAUGGGCGAAAUGGGUCGACAAUAACAUUAACAGCAAUCGAACCAAAGUUUUCUUCAGAGGAUAUUCUGUCACUCAUUUCAGAAAAGGGCAAUGGAACUCGGGAGGGCAGUGCCACAAAGAAUCCGAGCCUAUUUUCGAGGAAAAAUACUUGAAAAAGUACCCUUCGAAGAUGAAAGUUUUGGAGCACGUCCUUCACGGGAUGAAAACUCCGGUGACUUACUUAAACAUAAGUAGACUUACUGCCUACAGAAAGGAUGCACACCCUUCUAUAUACAGAAUGUUAUAUAAGACGGAUGAGGAGCGAGUUGCUGCUGAGAGGGCUCAAGAUUGCAGCCACUGGUGCUUGCCAGGAGUACCCGACACUUGGAACGAAUUGCUUUAUGCUUCUCUCUUGCAGUCUUGUAAGGUGUCAUGAAACAAAAGCUGUACAAUGGUGAUGUGCGAUAUCUAUCACUUUCGAAGAAUUUUUUCCCUUCGGGGUUGUACCGAGAGUAGGUUAAGUAGUUCAAUAGGGUUGCUUUUUCUAUCCAAGACUCGGUUCAAUUGUGUAUACCAACAUGCCAAGUUACCUAUAGAAAAGCAUAAUCCUGAUACAAAUUUAUUAUUUCAUCAAAGAUCUUGCU